CUCAAACCCCCAAGAUGGCGGCGGCGUCGGAGGAGCGGAUGGCUGAGGAAGGAGGCGGCGGCCCCGGCGACAGCAGCUCCUUUUCGGCCAUCGGCUCUACCCAACGGCUGCCUCCCCCGCCCCCGCCCCAGACGCAGCAGCCGGGGUCCCAGGCGCCCCCAAGCUCGGCGCUGGCUCCGGACCAGCUGCCUCAAAACAACACGCUGUUGGCGCUGCCUAUCGUAGCCAUCGAGAACAUCCUCAGCUUUAUGUCCUACGACGAAAUUAGCCAGCUCCGUCUGGUUUGUAAAAGAAUGGACUUGGUCUGCCAGAGAAUGUUGAAUCAGGGAUUUCUAAAAGUGGAGAGGUACCAUAAUCUAUGUCAGAAACAAGUUAAAGCACAACUUCCAAGGAGAGAGUCAGAAAGGAGAAAUCAUUCAUUAGCUCGUCAUGCAGAUAUCCUUGCUGCAGUUGAAACAAGGCUAUCACUACUAAACAUGACUUUCAUGAAGUAUGUGGAUUCCAACCUCUGUUGCUUCAUCCCAGGAAAGGUUAUUGAUGAGAUUUAUCGUGUGUUGAGAUAUGUCAAUUCUACCAGAGCCCCUCAACGAGCUCAUGAAGUACUUCAAGAAUUGAGGGAUAUUUCCUCCAUGGCAAUGGAAUACUUUGAUGAAAAAAUUGUUCCAAUUUUAAAGAGGAAAUUACCAGGAUCAGAUGUAUCUGGAAGACUCAUGGGCUCUCCUCCAGUUCCAGGACCUUCUGCAGCCCUAACAACAAUGCAGCUUUUCUCCAAGCAAAACCCUUCAAGACAAGAGGUUACAAAACUUCAGCAGCAGGUUAAGACAAAUGGUGCUGGUGUGACUGUUCUCAGGCGUGAAAUUUCUGAGCUUCGCACCAAAGUGCAAGAACAGCAGAAACAGCUUCAAGACCAGGACCAGAAACUGCUAGAGCAGACCCAGAUCAUAGGUGAACAGAAUGCACGGUUGGCAGAGCUAGAGCGCAAACUACGAGAAGUCAUGGAAAGUGCAGUAGGAAACUCCUCAGGGUCCGGGCAGAAUGAAGAGUCUCCUCGGAAACGAAAAAAGGCUGCAGAAGCCAUAGACUCGCUUAGGAAAUCUAAACGUCUCCGGAAUAGAAAGUAAAUUGAAAUGUGGUUCUAGCUGCAGAGGAAGACACUGGCUUAGUAGCUUAAGCAAUUACGCUUAUCAGGAUACUGUGAGCAGCAUGGUGUCCCUUAGGCUUCUAGGCUUUCAGAACACAACUUACACUUGAACUUUCAUGAUUGGGACAUUCUUUUCCUGCUUCUCCUGGUUGAACUGAUGCACAGAAUCUUUUUACUUUGCAAUAGAUUUGUACUAACCAGACCUGUUCUAUCAUGUUUAAGAAGUUAACUUUUUUUCUGUGCAGAAAAUGUUUAAAGUAAGUUUAUUUGUUUCUGCGUAUAUGCACAUUACAUAAGGAUCUUAAACAAACCAGUCUUGAUAGACUAGAAGUUAAGCUUAAUACAGAAAAUGUCCUGUUCACUUGAAAGAAAAGAUCUACUUUUUAAAUGGACAAUAUCUUGUUUAAAAAAAGUUGACUUUUUGUUAUAAGUGACCUUUGUCUGGAAUGUCUGAAAAGUAGUAAAUGCUUUUUGGUAUUGAAAUAAUGGGUAACUAAAAAUGGACUUCCAUAGUAUUGACUGUAGAAGGGGCCUCUACAGUAUUGACUAUAUAUUUUUAUAAAUUACUGUCAAGGGGUUUAUCCAGUUGUUACAUAUAUUUUCAGUUUUCUUAGGGGGCCAUGUCCUACAUUUGCAUGGAUGGAUGCAUGCAUUGCCUAGUCAGCUCACUUAAAAAGCUCUUGCACUGGUAUUGAUCUUGAACCUCUAUACUUCUCCACUUUUUAGAGCAGUGUCUUGGUUUAUUUAAGCACUUAACAUCUUCCACCACAGUGGCUUGCCUCUAGGGGAAGGGAUUUAUUAGUCCAUUUGUCCUCCAGUUUUACAGGAACAAGAGUAUUAAAGCCCUGUUGCUUUAUCUAUUCUCUGUAGGGUUCAGGUAUACUGGCUAAGGCAGAACCCCAAAUUCCAAGGCUCUAUCAAUAUCAGACCUCUGGUAACUAGUACUGUUCCUCACUCUCAUCACUGUGUAUGUGCUCAUUGAUCCAGUGUGGUGACUGAGUAGGGGACUCAACUUGUGGGAUGCAGUUUUGCCUUUGAAAAAAGUUCAUUGAGAAAAUUUUACCAUGAAAAAGCAUUUUGAUCAUUUCAUUUCUGGGGGAUGACCUGAGGGAAGCUUUUUAAUAAUUUCAAGCUUUCCUUUUCCUACAACUUUAAACAAAAGCUUUAAUUUCGUUUGCACUCCUAUUUUGAGCUUGUAACUGGAAAAGCAUGUCUUGCACUGUUCAACCUUCUGAGUGGUCACUUUAAACAACCUCCAAAUUGUGUACAGUGGUUAUUUUCCCCACUUGUAUAUUUUUGAGACAUUCAGUUAUUACUGUCCUAGUUUUAUUUUAAUGUACUAAAUUAUGUAGUUACUAUUUACUGUUAAGUUCUUUUAAAAACUGUUGCUUUGGACUUCAGUUAUUUAAAAUAAAUUUAGGUGUAAUGUAGAAAACUAUCCCUUUCCAGGUGGGAGUUUGACACCUGUAUAAAUUUUAAGGUUGUGGUAAGUACCUUAGUUGAAGAAAAGCACAAGGAUACCACCUUUUUUAUCCCUCCAACAUGACAUGGAUUUGCAUCUUUUAGCUUAAUUUCACUAAAUGAAAAUUUUUCUUACCCAUUUUUAAUACUGUCCUUACAUAACAUUGUCCUUAGAUUUUGAUCAACUCUAUGUCUUAGUUUGAAACUCCAUUUACAAUAUAGUAUGUUUUCAAUGAAAAACCAUAAAGUAACAUCCAAGUGUUUCAUGGUUUGUUGGGAAGGUAAUACUAAAAUAAACAAUUUCCAAAAAACACUUGUCAGCCAAGGUCAUCCAUAAAAGUCUACGUCACGUCUGAAACUUAUUUUCUCAGCAGAUCUCAUUUUUUCUAAUCAUAGGAUUUAGCCAUAUUAUCAUAACUUUGGAGGAGGCCUGCUGGAAUACUCAUGGCCUUUAAUAGUCUGCUUUCCUUGUAAUGGGAAGACUUUUUUUAAGUAACAAAGUACAUGUUUACAGGUUUGCAAAGUAUGAUCCUUAUGCAUCAAAGGGAUAUAACCUCAGAUUAUUUCCUUAAGUAGUUGUUAAUGAGUUAAAGUUUCCUGAAUUUCUUUUUAAACUACAUGUAGAUACCCUAAAUGUACCUACAGUCUUCCAUUAGUUAACAUGAGAAUUUGGCUUUCAUAAUGAGCAUUCACACUAAUAGAAGGUGGAUUUUGUUUCAAAAUUCAAAUUUCUACAGUAUACACUGUAAUCACCUGCCCAUAAGAUUAACGAGUUGCACUUGUUAAUGCACGAAUGUUCCGUAACAACAGAGAAUAAAACACUACAGUUAAGUUGUUUGUUUUAAAUCUUAUUAAACUACCUAGCUAAAACAUGUUGGGAUAUUACCUAUUUGAUAGUUAUACUUUUGGAUAGUAUAGUGGUAUUUAAAAUUCAACAAAUCACAAAUUAUUUUGAUCAACUAAAACUGACAUGUUACAGGAAAAUUAUAACUUAGCUUCCUGAGAGAAAACUAUCCUGCCCUGGACUAUAGACUAAUUUAAAUGCUAUAUAUUAAUACUGUGUUGUCCUAGAACAACAUUUUGUAAACUGUUCUUGUCAUCUUCCUUGGCUGUUUUUCAGAAGAGACUUCUCUAUUUUAAUGGGUUGUUCCCACUCAGAAAUUGAUUAUUGUACAACACUAAAGAGAAUGUGAACAGACAUACAUAAAAAAUGAAGACUGCCCCCACCUCACCCCAGCAGGAUCCUCAGUUUAUAUCCCACAUGGGCCUGGCUUGGUUUUCACAUAUUCCUGAAAUGAUGAAUUAUCUCAGAACAUGAAGUUAUAGAAUCUGUUCUUUUUCCAGCUCUUUUUUUGAUAUAUAGAGCCUGAAAGUAAUGAAACAAAUACAAAAUGGAUUCAGUAAUACAAAUACAAAAUGGAUUCUUUAACAUAUUUUAAAGACCAUUGGGGUGCCAUCAGGUCUAAAGCCAGUAGUUUUGGAGUCACCUUUGUUUUGUAAAAUGUUAUUGAGGAAUACUGAACUUUACUGGGGCUUGCCUUAAUUUCUAGUAGUUUCAAGAUGUGUGUGUUGUUAUUCUACUUGUUAAAAUAUUCUAUGUAGCCCCAAAGGUGAGUAAAAAGAGUUUAAUGCUUAAAUAAGCUAAAGGUGUCACUACAGCUGGAAUUUUGAGAGAAAAAGGGACAUGUGAACAUAAGGCUAUGUGUAAUAAAAAAAAGACACCUUAUUGCACUAUUUUAUGCAUUAUUUUAUAUGCCAUUUCAUAGCCUGCACUUUAAUCUCCAAAGAAAUGAUGUUUGAUGUCCCAGUUCUUUAAUAAACUUUUUCCUAAGACAGGGCACUUAAUUCUAUUUUACUAUACGAAAUUAGUUUCUAGGAGGUGGAUUUCUUUUUUGAGUUCCCUAUUUCCUUAGCCAUAAUAUUUUCUAGGAUCUAGGAACUCCCUAUCUUGUCUAUUUCCAACAGUAUAUAGUUUCAGUGUAAUAUAAAAUUCAUCCUUGGUGACCAGCACAUUCCUAUAUCCUAAUCCUGCAAAGAGUACACAUUUGUUAUCAAAUCCUCUAAAAAUAACAUGCUAUAAGUAAGAUUUGAAGCCAGGAAUAAUAAGGCAUUCUGAAAGGAAACAUCCCAUGUGAUGCAGUGUCUUGGAAAUGGUGAUUUCUAAUACAAAAUCCAAUUUUACAUACCAUAUAAUUGGGAUCAAUCUGAAUUCCCUUAACUUGCGCACAAAAAGUUAGUAAAAACUACUUGAAAAUAAAUACUGCCUAUCAUCUGAGAUGAAUUUAAAAAACUAGUCUGCAAAAUGAAAUGAGCAAUUUGUUGACUGCUGCCUACCAUUUUAUUUUUAAUAGCAUAAAAUUUGUAUUCAUGAUAAAUACUAUAGGCUUAGGUAAUGUUGGCCUUUUCCAGCUUCCUAUGAAUCUUUAUUUUUGAAAUUCAAAAGUUACUUUCAAGUGUUUCCUGUUUUGUCUGAAGAGAGCCAUGUUAUUUUGAAGCAUACUGGUAAUUUAUUAGGUCCAUUGCCAAAGUAUACUGGUCCACAAUCAAAGCUAUACCAAAAGUUUAGAUAUGUUUAAUUCCUUUAUGUGGUAUCAUGUCUGUUUACUUAUGCUCAUGAGCAACAAUAAAUAACUAGCUUACCUUUUGGAAUUUUAAUUGUUAAAUUAUUUGAAAGUGAAAAAGCACCUCCCGGUCACACAACAGGGUACAUAAAUAAAUGUGUUGUUACCAGUGCUACUUGUUUGCUUUGUAUUUCAUA